GCCGCGAAGGCAACGAAACGUUUUCUUUACAAAGGCAACAACAAUGUCACGACUUCAUUACGAGCGAGGCAUCUGCUAUUAGGCAUUUACGAUACCCACAUUACACGCAUGCGAGUUAGAGCCCACGCAUCUCGGAAACGAUACGACGUUUUUUUUUUUUUUCCAUCCUUGAUUUCAAUACUGGGUGUUUCCGCGGAGUCUUUCUUUAGGGCACGAGCAACGAAGAAAAAGCGAAUUACGAUUGCAUGGAGAUCUGGAGUCACUUUUAGGUGCAUCAAGACAUUUAUUACUAUCCGCCUCAUUGGAGUCGAUGGAUGGCAGGGGAAAGCCAAUUGAGAAAAGAACCAGCUUCAAAGCAUUUGGGAUGGCGUAUUAUCAACAG